ACUCUUCCCCCGCGAUCGCGGCCGCUUUCCUUUUCCUCCCCCGCGGCGCCGCCCGUCCACCGCUCUCCGUUUCGUUUCCCCAGGACCCCACGCCACGCCACCACGUCAAACCCCCGGCCGCUGAAGAAGCACGACCCACACACCCGCGGUCUCCGCUUUCGCCCGCACGAGUUGCUGCUGCCUGCGACCACCGCUUGCUUCGUCGCUCGACAGAAAGUAAAACCAUACCCCAGGGAGGGAAGGACUAGGAGGAAGAAGAGCGGCCGGAGCUGGUCUUGGCUCUUGCCCGGGUUUGUCACGGCGGCGGCGGCGGCGGCGGCGGCAUGGCGGGGCGGAUGGUGCGGAGCUGCGUGCAGACGGCGCUCAAGGCGGCGAACUCCGUCGUGGGGCUCGCCGGCAUGGCCGUCAUCCUCUACGCGCUCUGGAUGCUCCGCGCGUGGUACAGGGAGGUCGCCGACCUCGACCAACGCUUCCCCGUCCCCUGGUCAUGCAGGUUCAUCUACACAUUUCUUGGCCUGGGGAUCUUUAUGUGCCUGCUGACUUGCUCUGGGCAUAUUGCUGCUGAAACUGCAAAUGGUCACUGCCUCUCUUGUUACAUGAUCAUUGUAUUUGUGCUUAUUAUACUGGAAGGUGCAAUUACCAUGGAUGUAUUUCUGAAUACCAACUGGGAAGAGGAUUUCCCCCCUGACCCAUCAGGCAAGUUUGAUGAAUUCAAGGACUUUGUGAGAUCAAAUUUUGAGAUAUGCGAAUGUGUAGGCCUCUCAGUGGUGGCUGCUCAGGUGUUAUCAAUCAUUCUUGGGAUGGUGCUCAGGACCCUUGGGCCUGACCGAGAGGCUGACUAUGACAGCGAUGAUGACACCACCGUGCCUGCAAGGCUGCCUCUACUAAGAAACCAGUCCCAGCAUGGUCCAGACUAUGCUGAACCUAACACAUCUCGUAGGAGUGAUUCAUGGAAACUGCGGAUUUUAGAUAAGGUCAACAACUAAGAUUUUACUGAUCUCAUAUGACGAACCCUUAGGACAGAAUUUUGAUCCAAGGGUUUGGAAGGAUGAUAAGAUUAUACCUUUUUUUUUCUUCUGGAGAGAUGAUCCUCAUGAUGGAGUAGCAGCAGCAGCAGUGGUAGCAUAGUUUUGAAUGGCUGCUUUUGAAUGCCUUUCAACAUGCGCAGAUAUUUGAGUAGCAUGUGACUGACCCAUAUAAACCCGGGGAAGACUGUUGCACUGAAAUGUUUCAGAAAGAGAUGAGGGCAUGACUGGUGCCUUCACUGACCGAACACAGAAAUAUUUGAUUUGUUUUUCAUUUUCCAUCAGCUGGUUCAUCCACUUAUGUCUAUCUGAUUGUCUGUUGUUGGUAUUCCAGUUUGCACCUGUCGAUGCCAAAAGAUGAAAUACAAGGUCUACCUAUUUUGCA